AUGAAAAAAAAAGUUGUUCGAGGAGAUCUGUCGUCUUAUUUCUUCAAAUUGUAUUCAUCAUUAAAUCAUCGUGGUGGCAACCUGUUGGACAUUUCUUUCUACCGUCCGUCAAAAGAUGCUAAAACGCAUCGGACUUAUUCUUGCCUUCAUUGUCGAGCUCAAUUGGCUAAUCAUGAUGAAUUAAUUUCUAAAUCAUUUCAAGGUAGUCAAGGUCGUGCAUAUCUAUUCAAUUCUGUUGUUAAUGUAAAUACAAGUGCUGCUGAAGAACGAGUUCUACUGACUGGUUUGCAUGAAGUAGCUGAUAUUUAUUGUGAAUGUUGUAAAACAUUACUUGGUUGGAAAUAUGAACAUGCAUUUGAAUCCAGUCAAAAAUAUAAAGAAGGCAAAUAUAUAAUUGAACUUGUACAUAUGAUUAAAGAUAAUGGAUGGGAUGAUGAUAAUGUUGAUCAUUCAGAAUAUAUAAGAAAAUAA